AGCUACCCAGGAGACUGCUCGCUACUUCCGCUGCCCUUUCCUCUAGUCUUCCUCUGAUCCUCUCGAAUCUCGAAGCGAUCGAAUCUCCAUGGAGGCGGCCAAGGUGAAGGAGCUGCGCCUCUUCGUGGCGCAAUGCAAGAAGGAUCCAGCCAUCCUUGCCGACCCUUCCCUUUCCUUCUUCCGCGACUACCUUGAGAGUUUGGGCGCGGAGCUUCCGGCUGCAGCUUACGGUCUUGGGGCGUCUUCUGCUACGAGAGCUCCAGUGGUGGAUGAAAUAGACACAGAUAUUGAUGAGGAUGAUGUUGAUGCAAAAGGUGCCCCUCCAGUAGAUCAUGAAUCUGAUGAUGAAAUUAUCGAAUCAGAUGUUGAGUUAGAGGGAGAAAUUGUUGAAGCUGAUAAUGAUCCUCCUCAAAAAAUGGGAGAUCCAUCUCUUGAAGUGACUGAUGAAAACCGUGAUGCCUCUCAAGAGGCUAAGGCAAAGGCCAUGGAGGCAAUUUCAGAAGGGAGACUCGACGAGGCUAUUGAGCAUCUCACAGAGGCAAUAUUGCUGAACCCAACAUCAGCAAUUAUGUACGCUACUAGAGCAUCGGUCUUUAUCAAGAUGAAGAAACCUAAUGCUGCAAUUCGAGAUGCAACUGCUGCUCUAGAGAUUAAUCCUGAUUCUGCAAAAGGCUAUAAAACAAGAGGAAUUGCUCUUGCUAUGCUUGGGAAAUGGGAAGAAGCUGCUAAGGAUCUCCAUGUUGCAUCCAAGUUGGAUUAUGAUGAGGAGAUAAAUUCUGUGCUGAAAAAGGUUGAACCCAAUGCACACAAGAUUGAAGAGCACCAUAGGAAGUAUGAACGACUGCGAAAGGAACGAGAAGAGAAGAAACUUGAGCGUGAGAGGCAGCGUCGACGUACUGAGGCUAAGGCUGCUUAUGAAAAGGCAAAUAAGAAAGAAGAAUCAAGUAGGACAGCAGGAGGCACACCCGGAGGAUUCCCUGGAGGUAUGCCUGGGGGAAUGCCAGGAGGCUUCCCUGGUGCUAUGCCUGGGUCUGUGCCUGGAAAUAUUGAUAUGAGCAAGAUUUUAAAUGAUCCUGAGCUUAUGGCAGCAUUUAGUGACCCUGAGGUUAUGGCUGCACUUCAAGAAGUGAUGAGUAACCCGGCAAGCUUUGCUAAGCAUCAAGCAAACCCCAAAGUGGCUCCCAUCAUUGCGAAGAUGAUGGGUAAAUUUGCUGGACCUAAAUAGAGAGCGUCAUGGAAGUUCAGAUACGAGUAAUAAACCUAUUUGUGUCUGUAACUUUAUUUUUCCGCUGGUCAGUCGUCUUUUGAGGAAUUCUAGAACAUUAAAUGGCUGGAUUUGAAACAUUAUUUGGUUCGUACUACUUUAAUUAGUCUUCAACGAUGUUCUUGGAUAGAUAAAACGAUGCUUGAAUCCUUAUUGUGAGUUUUGGUA